UUUGUUACCCGGCGAUUUCGAAUUCGAACCAUCCUCAUCUUCCUCGAUAAUCCCGCGCUCAUUUGAAUCUGUGCUCCUUGCGAAAUCCAAAUUCUCUCUUCCAUGAAGGAUCACAUUCUGAUCUCCGACGGGGAAGAUCCGGUUACUCCACUCCCAUCGCUUUCGAAACGGGCUCGGAAAGAUCCCAUCUCUGCGAUACUGAUAUCGGAUUCCGACCCGACGCCGCAGAAGCCGCCGCCGGAAUCUUCUUCUACUCCUUUGUUCGUCCCUGAUACACCUCUCUCUGAUGAUUUCUCUGUCGUCAAGUGUUCCUUUGGUCCCGGUGCUGUAGCUUCGAACCGCGAAGACAAGUUCUCCGGCAAACGAGUAAUAUCUCUGGAUUCUGAGUUUGAAGAUAGUCCUCGACCUGAAACUUCGAAGAAGUAUGGACCUAUGCUUGCUGAUUUUAGGGAGCCAAGUCGAGGAUUUGAAUCUGGAUUCAGUGUUGCAGAUUUUACUGAGGCGAACUAUGAGAAUGCUAAAAUAACUGAGGGAAGCAUAGGAAAACGGAUAAUAUCUUUGGAUUCGGAGUUUGAAGAUAUUCCUCGACCUGAAACUUUGAGGAAGUAUGAACCCGUGCUUAUUGAUUUUAGGGACUCACGUCGAGUAGUGGAAUCUGGAUUCGGUGAUGCAGAUUCUGUUGAGAUGAACUAUGAGAAUGCUAGAAUGCAUGAGAGAAGCAUUGGCAAAAGGGUAAUAUCUCUGGACUCGGAGUUUGAGGAUAUUCCUCGACCUGAAACUUCGAGGAAGUAUGAGCCUAUGCUUGCUGAUUUUACGAAACCGCAUCGUGUAUUGGAUUCUAGAUCAAGUGAUGCAGAUUCUAUUGAGGCUAAUACUAGAAUAAAUGAUAAUACUAAUUGGAUGCAUGAAUUCAGUCUACGCUCUUCGCCGACCAAUGAUACUAUCGAGGUAGAUUCUGACCAAGAAAAAGAAAAUAUAAGCAUCGAGAAAAUGGGUAAUAAAAAGCGGAUCAGAAGUUCUAAAACUACAACUCUUUCGGGUGUCGGAAUUCCUAAAAAGCGGCCGUCGAAGGAAGACAAAAUCCAUGAAAUGGAGGAAAAAAAACUAAGAAAAGAGCAAGAGAAGUUACAGAAAGCAGCAUUGAAAGCAGAAGAAGCUGAGCGUAAAAAGUUAGAGAAGGAAAAGCAGAAAUGGGAAAAGGGAAAGUUAGCUCUUAAAUCCAUUGUUGCUGAGAUUGAUACUAAAGUGGUUGAAGGAUCCAUUGGAGGACUUCUGCUUUCAAGGUUCUCUGAGAAAGGCAUUACAUUCCGUGUAGCCCCUAAUCCUAUUGAGAGAUCCAUCGUGUGGACGAUGACAAUUCCAGAGGAUAUUGCUCCGGCUUUUCCCCAAGGGCCUAAGAUUCCUUAUGUCUUACUUGUGUAUGAGGCUGAAGAGUUUUGUAAUCUUGUUGCUAAUGAAAGGCUUCUAGAAAACAUCUCAAGAAUUCAGGACCAAUACCCAUCUUAUACGGUGUGCUGCCUCACCAAUAAGUUAAUGUCCUACGUAAAGAAAAGGGAAAAGGAAGAGUACAAGAACCCGGGAAAUUGGAGACGGCCUCAUAUCGAUGAGGUACUUGCAAAAUUAACUACUCAUUAUGUUAGAGUACAUUCCAGACACUGUAUAGACGAGGCUGAGGUCGCUGAACAUGUUGUCGGUUUAACAAGCAGUCUAGCCUCUUGCCAGUUCAGGAAGAAAUUAACUAUGUUAUCAGUAAACGCUAAUGGUGCAUUAGUCUCCAAGGAUGCAGUUGACAAACAUUUGAUUAAAAAGAGUCCAUGGUUAAAAGCGUUAGUGGCAAUACCAAAGGUGCAGCCAAGAUACGCCAUAGCAGUGUGGAAGAAAUAUCCAUCCAUGAAGUCUCUUCUUAGUGUUUAUAUGGAUCCUAACAAAUCGAUUCAUGACAAGGAGUUUCUACUGAAAGACUUGAAGGUGGAAGGUUUAGUAGGAGGAGACAUAAGGUUAGGUGAGGUUUGUUCAAAGCGAAUAUACAGAGUUCUCAUGUCUCACAAUGGAGCCAUUAAGACCGAUGACGUAGAAAAUGGUGCUGCUUUUUUCACUCGUUCUCCACAUUUGGAUGCCCAAUAAUGACUCAAGGUUAAAAGCUUAACCUAGCCACCAAGCUAAGCGAUCGAUCACUACCUCUGCUCUCUUUCUUAAUCUUGAGUUCUUCCUCGUUGACUUCCUUUGCUCGCAUAGCUAUGGCAGAGCUCAAACACGGCGCCCAUGAAUGUGUGUUGACCUCGCCGGAGAUCGUUGCCGAUGGCAUCUGCAACAUGUGUUACAAAGAUGAACCUGUGGAGUUCGCUUGUAACACAUGUAAUUUCGAUCUCUGUAAACCAUGCUCCAUGAUACCACAGAUGGUGUCACAUGGUUUCCACCCACAACACCCCUUAGAGUUUUGUA